AUGAGGUUACGUCUGCUUAUUUCUGAGGUCAUCCGAUUGCUUCUCCUGCUACCGACCAUCUUACGUCCAUCUGUUGCUCUUCCAUUCAACUGGAGCCUUGUUAGUGACUUCAAUGUCACUGGCAACAUCACCCUCCCAGAUGGCCUGGACGGUGGCAUGGACUACCAAUACAACACGCUGUACGACGACUAUGACAGCGAGGAGGAUCCAGAUGACAUGGAAGACGAAGAGGUGGAAAUAGAGGACAUCAGCUUAGAGAAAUUGCCACCCCCGGGAUUGGCCUCGGAAGGGGCUGAGGGGAAUAUUCGUGACCCCUAUCGGGAUCCCCCCGAGUAUAUGAUGGACCUGUACAAUAGGUUUUCCGUCCGCAAGCCCUACAUCCAUCCCACCUCCAGCAUCGUUCGCAGCUUCAUGAACAUCAACCAAGAAGACUUCGACUUCAACGGAACCAACAAAGUCGAGUUGCCCGGCAACAAUACACGUGUACACAAGCUUGUGUUCAACAUCACCAGCAUAUCCAGAGACGAGGAGAUAGACUACGCCAUGUUGAGAUUGUUUACACUGGUUCAGCAGGACAGAGACGCUUACGCAGGAAUUGACAGGAUUGUGUCAGUGCUCCAAGACCGGGGCAUCGAACUCGGCGCAGAGGACAGGUACAAGACAUUGUCCUCGCGCCACAUUUACGGCCAUAAUAGUGGAUGGGAGGCUUUUGACGUCACUUCCGCUGUGCGCCUAUGGGCUGAGAACAUAAGCUACGUCCAGAUUCUCGAGGUUCGCAUAGAAAGUGUGUUUAACGUCGUGACGGAUGGUGCUAUGGACAUAGACACUGAUCCAAAACAUAGGAAUGAACCCCUGUUGAUUAUUUUCUCAAACAAUAAGCAGAAACGGAGCCUUCGCGAGAAAGAACUGCAUGAGUUGAUCACACAUGAAAUGGACGUUGCAGACGAAGCAAUGUUUAGGGAGAGCGUGCAUCAGCAUAGACACUCUAAUUCGACUGAGCAACUGUCUAGGUUUAAGAGAAGCAAGAAGAACCGCAAAAACAGUUGUCGAAGAGGUCUGCUGUACGUCAGCUUCCAGCAGAUAAACUGGCACAAGUGGAUUAUAGCGCCGUCAGGGUACCAGGCAUUCGAGUGUGUGGGGAAGUGCUACUACCCCCUCAGCGACCACCUCACCCCCACCAAACACGCCGUCAUUCAGAUGCUGUUCCACACCUCGCGCCCCAAGGAGGUGGCACGUGCGUGUUGCGUUCCCACCAAACUGAACCCCAUCUCUAUCCUGUACCUCGACGAGAACAAAGUCCCAACCUUCAAAUGGAAAUUCGAGGGUAUGCAGGUGGCAGAGUGCGGCUGUCGUUGACGUGUUCGCCUGUCGAUGAUGUCGUCCAGGACAAAUGAGUCUUUGUGGUAGACGUUCAUGUCUUCUCCAACAGAAACUGGUCCGUGUCUCAAGGAAGGGUUACCAAUAUAGCACUAAAGCACUCUCUUUGACCUUGUGAAGGACGUGUAUUCAGUGC